CCCGGAAAGUAGUCCGUCAUUUCACCGAUCUAUGGGGACAGCGUUGAUGCUGCUGGACUGCUAGGCUUGCCUUCUCCGUGUGUGCUGAAGUGUGGUUUGGUAGAAGUCUUUGUGCGAAGCUGCAGCAGGACCGCGAUGGCCGCAUUUUGAAGACAUCCCGGGGUUCACACCUGCGAAGAGAUUGCAGCUUAAACUUGUGCAGGAGAUGGGCUGAAGUAUAACACGCCAGUGUCUUGCUGCAUAGUACACUGGAUACUGUGAAACCUGUGGCCAUCGUGGCCUGCCUAUUUUGUCAGUGCCUCCUUUUGCUGCUCCCAUUCAGCAUCUCCCAUCAAGUGCCACCUUUCGUUGGUUUUUGUUCUACAACUUGCUCCUUAGGAAUUCUAUGCAGUUCGACCACACCCUUCAACAGGGGAUCUAACUACUGGCAUAGAGUCCAAUGCUGCAGAUGCCAUCUGUCUGCAAGAGCAGGGAGAGAGGAAAGUCUGGAAUGCUUCGGAGAGACUACACGCCGUUAUCCUGGUGCAACUACUUUUCCGAAGCGCUGUGGGUCAAAACAUCUGACAGCGAUACUUUCAGGGUCUAUACGAAAGGAUCCCAAGGACCUCUCCUGCUUCUCCUCCAUGGAGGUGGCUACAGUGGCCUCACAUGGGCUCUAUUCUCAAAUGAAGUUUGUCACAUCGUGGAAUGCCAGGUAGCUGCACUCGACAUUCGAGGCCACGGUGAAACAGUAACAUCUGAUGAAAUGGACUUGUCUGCAGACACACUUUCCAAUGAUGUAGGCAGUGUUUACAAUGCAAUGUACCCGGAAGAGUCUCAUCAACCUCCAGUGGUUCUUAUUGGGCACAGCAUGGGUGGAGCAGUAGCCGUUCAUGCUGCCUACAAGGGUGUCAUCCCCAACUUGAUUGGCCUCAUCAUCAUUGAUGUUGUAGAAGGCACUGCCUUGGAAGCACUCCAAAACAUGCAGUCAUUCCUGCGAGGAAGGCCUUCUUCGUUCAAGUCCCUGGAGUAUGCAAUCGAGUGGUGCGUUCGCAGUGGCCAGGUGCGCAACUUGGAGUCUGCCCGUGUCUCCAUGCCAAGCCAGCUCAAAAAUGCCAAGACUGGAGAGCCAGCAACCAAGUGCUUGCCUGCAGCACCAACCAGUCCUGUGUUGGCAGACUCACCACAUGGUCUGCCUGUGAAUGAUGCUUCACAUCGUUCCAUUCCUAGAGUGGACCAGAUUGCAGAAAUUCCGGAGGAAAGCCCUACAGAUGAAAGCAUGCCUUCUCAGAGCUCAUUCGCUGGAUUUAGACAGCCAUCUCCAGUGUGUUCGGACGAUGCUCCUAAAUAUGUUUGGCGGAUAGACUUGUCUGGAACCGAGGAAUAUUGGAAAGGCUGGUUUGCAGGCCUCUCUUCUUUGUUUCUCUCUGUUCCGGCUCCAAAGCUUCUCCUUCUGGCAGGGGUGGACCGGCUAGACAAGGACCUAACCAUCGGUCAGAUGCAAGGGAAAUUUCAAAUGCAAGUACUUCCUCAGUGUGGCCAUGCUGUUCAUGAAGAUGUUCCAGGAAAGGUAGCUGAGGCUGUGGCAACGUUUCUUGUACGCAACAAGUUUGCUGAACCUACGUCAAAUUUUCAACGGACAUUUCCAGCAUGCUAGAUUUCAGUCAAGUUGUAUUGUCUUAUGAGUAUUGCACAAAUAAAAUGUUGUGUAAUGUUGAAAA